AUGACUCGUGCCACUCGCAGUCAUGCAUCUCUACAACCAGAUCUGGGAACACCCAUGACCUUGGUGUCCGAACCCAGCGACAGCGGACCUACUCCGAACGACGAUGGCCAAGCCUCGACGCCGACAAGCUCGACAAUCAGCACACCGCGAGCAACGAUGACAAAAAUCGGUAAGAAGAAGAGUGGUAGAGGGAUUCCAAAAUCGAAAAGAGUUCGAACUGGUUGCUUGACCUGUCGCGAGCGCCAUUUGAAAUGCGACGAGGCACUGGGCAAGUGCCAGAAUUGUCGGAAGUCGAACAGGGUAUGCAGGCGCGGGAUUCGUCUUAACUUCAUAGAUACGCAAACGGUUGCGCCUCCGUACUAUGCGAUUCGGAAAACGGGCACGCGGCUGACUUUUCGGGAUGAGUCGAGGCAUAUUGCGUCGGAGUAUGUGGGAGGUUUUGAGAGAUAUCCCUCCCCGGAACCGGAUCUGCCGUUGGAGAAACAAGGUCCUGCGGAGUUUGAGUUGUCGGGUAUUCUGAGUCCACCUUGGCAGACUUCCCGUUCGUUUGUUCCACCACUUGAGCCUUCGCAGUUGGAAGCCAUUGAUGCUAUGCUGAAUGGCUCUCCUCAGGCAUUGUUCUCCGUCUUUCCUGAGCAUGAGGUGCCACUUGUUCCUUCAACGAGGCAGAUGUCGGUCAAUCCAGAUUCUAGGCCUCUCAGUCGUCAAGACGAGAUUCAUCUUGUACGGACAUUUACAGAAGAGAUUGGACCGUGGCUGGACUCCGUGGACCCGUCGAAAUACUUUACGCACAUUCUGCCGUUCCGUGUCCUAGAUGAGCCCAUGCUUCUGAAGGCCGUCAUGGCGUGCGGAGCACAUCUCCACCCCGUGAGUUCUGCGAACGGCGGAGACAGAGCCUCGUACUUCUAUUUUGCAGCAACCCAAGACCUCCUCAGUCAUCUGCAAAAUCCAGACCGUGAAUCUACUCUCUGUGCGGUGACUGCAACCAUUUUGGGCAUGUACGAGGUAAUGUCCUCAAGGAAUGUCCACGGCUUGAACCAUGUCGCUGGUGCUAGGGCUUUGAUCAGGGAAUGCCACUGGGACGCAAGAUCUCCUGGGCAUGGAGGAGCAUGUUUCUGGCUUAGUGCCUCCAUGGAAUUAUUCACCUGUCUGCGCUUUAACUGGUCUGUGGCCUGGGAUCCCGAUAUAUGGGGCGUGGACAUGAAUAUGGGCGAAACACGAUCCCAUGCUACUGGUGCUGAGGAAUUGUGGGUUCAUCGUAUCGUCUAUAUAUGCGCGAAGAUUGUCAAUUUCCGGUCAUCUGGCUUGCAAUUCCAAGAUGUGGAUCAUGGAGUUGGCGAAAUGCGGUUUCACGAAUGGGAACUAUACAACAAGUGGUGUAACCAAUGGGAAAAGGCUGUACCGCGAUCUAUGAUGCCUCUUGGACAUCUCGAUCCAUUGCAGGGUAGUACUAAAUCACACUUUCCGGAGAUUUGGUUGCUUGACCAGAUGGCUAUUAUCGGGCGGUUGUUCUAUCUGACUGCACGGCUUUUACUGUGCAAGACGCACCCGUUCGAAUCGGAGUAUAGCCCAGAGAUGCGCAAUUUACAACAAGGUCAUGCGCAUGAGAUCUGCGGCAUUAUUGCGCAUGUCAAGGGCCAUGGUAUCGCCAGCUUUUCAAUUCGAUACCUUGCCCUUGCUGCUGAAUGUCUCAGUACAAGAGAACCCCAGGAAGAAGCACUACAGAUCCUCGACCGUCUACUCAAUGAAACCGGCUGGCAAAUGGACUCUCUCAAAACAGAAAUCCAGGAGGCAUGGGGCUGGACCAGUCAGCUACCCACUUCUGCAGAUCCUGCUUCACUGAUGAACGAGCAUCCCAUGCUGGAUUCAAGCAUGCCUUUUUCCGAACAGUCCAAGAUGCCAUCCGGAGUGAUUAACCCUACCAUGAUCACUGCGGACUUCUCCAUGGAAAACCAUCCAUAUCGUGAUUUCUAUAUUCCUCCGCACUCGCAGCAUUUUAUUGACGAGUUUCAAUUUGGAAACUUCUAG